AUGUGGUUGUCUGCUGCAGUGAAAUCGAACCUAGGCUCCCAGGACACCAGCUGGGUCUCUGGGAUCAACAGGCUAGCGACAAGAGCCUGCAAUCAGUUGGAAACAUUUAAGUUGCCACCACCAAGCACAGCUUCUCUGCACCUCCACUGUCAACAUUCUGCGGGAACCAUCAGUCCAAUGCAGUAUGAAGAAAAUGGAAGGCUGAAUGACCAGCCACGAUCCUACCGAACGGUGGAGCAGCCUCCAAAGGAUUUGUAUAAUGGUGCUUUUUGGGUCUUAAUUGAGCCCAAGAAUUCUGUUGGCUAUUUUCUUCCCUUUCUCUUCACCCGCACGAUCUUCUUUAAAAAGGCUAAAGUUCAUCACGCCAGGUCCCAGCAAAGAUCCACUUUUUCCAGUAUUCCCAGUUUCUUCUUCAAUCAUCAACAAUCCCAGAAUUUAAUCAUUCACUCAGAGAGCUUCGUAAAAAUUAAGCAUUUCUUUAUAAAAACUGGAAGAACUGUGGAUGUUGCCACUUGUCUGGCUAUCUGCUGGCCUUUGCGAUAUAAUUCACUUGUUGAUUCAGCUAAAAACAAAAUAACUACAGUAAUGUGGAUUUUAGCAGUGCAAAAUCCAUUGUGGUCAAUAAUAUACCAAAGUCUGAAAGUCUCUUUCGCAAAUAUAAUUGAAAAGGACAAUAGCUGUCCCAGUCCAAUGAAUGGUGUUGCUUCGAGAUAUGUUGGAAUUGCAUUUGUCCUCCUAUGUUUCAUUUUGAUUGUGUUAUGUUACUGUUUAAUAUACAGAGAAGGAAAAAGGGCUGGAUAUUUUGUCACCUCAAAUGUUCAAGCCAGGAAAACUAUUUUUAUUCACGGUGUGCAAUUAAGCUUUUUCAUUGUUCCUGUUUUGAUCACAAUAGGAACGGGUAAAAAGCAUUCACUGACAGCAUUAUCCCUCAUCAAUACAGUCAUUUUCUCUGUGGCUCAGUGUCUCAGUCCUGUGGUCUAUGGCCUCAGAUGUAAAGAGCUUUGAAAUAAGUUAACAAAGACCAAAUUCUGCUGCUGCACUUUUAAAAUUGGGAAGAGAAAUAAUUAUGCUUUUCAGCAGGAUGUCAACCUUGUGACUGCUCCUGUGACUGAUGCCCACAGCAGCCAGGUUUGCAUUCCCUAA